UAACUUCGCAAGGGAAGCGAAUGUUACAUUGAGCUACAAGCGUAUAUACAUAUUUAUUUUCAUAAAAAGUAAAAAAAAUUAUAAAUACACACACUUAUAUAAAUAUAUAUAUGUGCAUUAUAUAUAGAUAAAUCUGUAUACAAGGUUAGAAUGUCGUCUUUCAUCUCGCGCCUUCUGAAAUCGCCGUUCGCAUCGAAGCGUCUCGUAUCGCAGCUCACGAGGCCCGGCGAAGGGAAGCUGGGCACAAUGCUCCGUGUGCUUGGCUGGCAGCGCAUGCUGGGAGCCCUUGGGAUCAAGGAAUUCGGAGGCGGAUCAGUAGGCGUGGUGAAUCGCGGCAUUUCGACCACGCCGGUAUGUAACAAGCAGCUAACGGAUGACAUGGAGCUGGCCACGGGCAUCUUUAAGCGUGAAUUGAUGCUGCGUCGAGCAGGCUGCCUCGAUCCGUGGGCUAUGAAGAAACCCAUGAAACGAGGUGCCGGCAGAGAGAACGAUCCCACGGAGGUGCCAUCCGCCUUCGAUGGCCGUCUCGUCGGCUGCCUCUGUCUCGGAGAUCGCGGUGCGAAGUGGAUGUGGCUAGAGAAGGGCGCACCCAAGCGCUGCGAGUGCGGACAUUAUUUUGUCCUCAAGAAUGUGCCUGCUGUUUGAAACUUGAUUGCAAAUAACUUAAAUGGGGCGCUGUAUCUACUUACACACUUGAAUAGAUGCUCAUUUCUGCACACA